AUGGCCGAGAACUCCCUGCUCCCAGCCAACGUCCGCGUCGCCGCUGGUCGCCGCCCCGUCGACGUGGCCGUCGGCACCGUCGACCGCUCCUACAAGCAGGCCGACGUCCGCAAGCAGGUGCUCCUUGGAGGGCGUGCCGUCGCGUGCGCCGUCAGCUUCAGGCCAUGUAUCGAGAUUCACAAGGGGAAAGUUAAACAAAUAGUUGGGUCUACCCUCCGGGAUGCAUCAGAUGAUGGCACGACACUGGUGACGAACUUUGAAUCAGACAACUCUCUAGCAGAAUUUGCGAAUAUUUACAAAGAAGAUGGACUUGUUGGUGGACAUUAUAGAAUGCUUGGCGGAGAUCCCGCAAGCCGUUCUGCUGCCCUGGAAGCACUACAUGCAUAUCCUGGUUGUUUGCAAGUGGGAGGUGGAAUAAAUUUGGAGAAUGCAAUGUCAUACCUUAAUGAAGGGGCAAGUCACGUGAUUGUAACUUCUUAUGUGUUUAGUGAUGGGAAAAUGAACAUUGAAAGGCUGACGCAUAUUGUUGAGUUUCUUGGGAAACAAAGGCUUAUUUUGGACCGUAGUUGUCGAAAAAAGGUAAGGAAUUCAUCUAGUGUAAUUUUUGUAGAAGGGAGCACACAGCAAGGCACCGCCACAAUCCAUGUGAGGAGGGGCAACGACCUCGACGGUUCGCCACAUCCAAGGGCCAAAGAGGACGAGUAG